AUGGCCGCGGUUCAGAUAGUCCAGCUCGCCGCCGUGACGUCGUCGCUGGUGCUGCUUCUGCUGCAACCGGUGGCGGCAACAAUGGUGCCGCCGGCACCGGCGCCGAGGGCACGCGGCAGCGCCGGCGUUACGCUGCACGUACAGCCACACCAGGUGCUGGUCGACAACGGCGUCGUGCAGGUUUCGGUGUCGAAGCCGCAGGGACAGAUCACCGGCGUCCGCUACGCCGGCGAGCCCAACCUCCUCCAGUACAGCGAGGGCGAAGAAAACUCCGGCGGGUACUGGAACGUGUUUUGGAACUUUCCAGGGUCCGGUCAGUCAAGAGCCAGAAUCGACAUGCUGGACAGUGCAGAGUUCAGGGUGGUUUCUUCAAGCGAAGAGCAAGUGGAGCUCUCCUUCAGGAGCACCUACGACCCAUCAAGCUUCAACAGCGUCCGGCUCACCGUCGACAAGCGGCUGGUGAUGCUGAGAGGCAGCUCAGGGUUCUACUGCUACGCCAUCAUGGAGCACGCUGACAACUGGCCGGCGCUGAACAUCACGGUUGCCCGGCUCGCCUUCAAGCUCAACACGGCGAGGUUCAACUACAUGGCCGUGUCGGACGGGAUCCAGAGGUACAUGCCGAGGGCGGCGGAUCGGGACCCACCCCGGGGCAAGCCGCUGGCGUACAAGGAGGCCGUGCUGCUGCUCAACCCCCUCGAACCGCAGUUCAGGGGGGAGGUGGACGACAAGUACCAGUACUCGCUCGACAACAAGGAUAACAAGGUUCAUGGCUGGAUCGGCGGCGGGCCCGUCCCCGUGGGGUUUUGGGUCAUCACCCCGAGUAACGAAUUCAAGAGCGGCGGGCCGCUUAAGCGCGAGCUCACCUCGCACGUCGGCCCAACCUCCCUCACGAUAUUUCUUGGACCGCAUUACGUCGGGAAGGAUAUCGUGACCAAGAUCGACGAUGGUGAGCACUGGAAGAAGGUCAUGGGCCCGGUGUUCAUCUACCUCAACUCCAACCCGAGCAGGGGAAGCUUCCAGGCGCUUUGGGAGGACGCCAAGGCGCAGGCGGAGACCGAGGCGAGCAAGUGGCCGUACACCUUCCUGGAGUCGCCCGACUUCCACAAGGCGGCCCAGAGAGGCUCCGUCACCGGCAGAUUACUGGUCAGAGACAAGUACGUGAGCGGCGUGGACAUGCCCGCCCGACUUGCCUACGUCGGCCUCGCCGCGCCCGGGGCACCCGGCUCCUGGGCGACGGAGAGCAAAGGCUACCAGUUUUGGACGAGGGCUUCCGCGACCUGCGGCAGCUUCGCCAUCAGCAAUGUCCUUGCGGGGGAGUACAACCUCUACGCCUGGGUACCCGGGAUUCUCGGCGACUAUAUGUAUGCCGCUUCGGUGACUGUGUCGGCUGGCGGCGCUGUCAGCCUCGGCGACCUCGUGUUUAAGCCGCCGCGAUUGGGCCCGACGCUUUGGGAGAUGGGCGUUCCUGACCGGAGCACCGCCGAGUUCUUCAUCCCGGACCCCAACCCCAAGUAUCUCAGCAAGCUCUUCCUCACAAGAGACAACAAGUACCGCCAAUAUGGACUGUGGGAUAGGUACGCCGACCUGUACCCCAGAGCCGACCCUGUCUUCACCGUGGGCGUGAGCAACUACUCCAAUGACUGGUUCUUCGCGCACGUCACGAGGAAGGUGGGCGGCGGUGUCGGCCUGCUCUACGCGCCGACGACCCGCCGGAUUCGUUUCAACCUGGGCCGCGUGGUCGCCGACGGCACUUACAUGCUGCGUGUCGCCCUUGCGGCGGCGCAAAUGUCCAGGCUGCAGGUGCAGGUGAACGAGGCGACGAGGAAGGGGUCCGAGGGAGUCUUCAACACGCCCGAAUUCGGCGACGGCAACGCCAUCGCGCGGCACGGCGACCACGGCACCUGGUGGAGUUUCGAGUUUCCCAUCAAAGGGUACCUGCUCAUGGAAGGGGACAACACAAUCAGCAUCACGCAGGUCAAGGCCUUCAGCGAGUUCUUCGGGGUCAUGUAUGAUUAUAUCCGCCUGGAAGGGCCUCCCGGUUCUUGGCGAGAGCCCACCACACUACUUGGAUGA